AACAGUGCGGCAGUGAUUAGAAAAUAUUUCACAGUCGUUCGUGGUUCUCUCUUGGGUUCAUUUGUAGUUGGUGUGAAUGGUGUGCCGCACAAUAAUAAUCAAUUUAUUUUUUCGAUUUCGAAAUGAUUAUUAUUCGAAAGAACUUGUUUAAUAUUGUUUUUGUACUAAGUGUUGCUUUUGAUGUAAUUUUUUGUGGUGCCGAUGAAUGUACAUUUUGCAAAAUUUACACGAAUGCCGACUGUAAAACUCCUCAACAUUAUGUAAAAGAUUUUCAUGGACAAAUCUUACAAUAUAUUGACCCACCGUUCCUCCACUGUGUGGAACAUGAUUUACUCCAUUUAAAUUGGAAGGCGGAAGGAGGAAACGCAUAUUUUUUGGAAAUUUUUGAUACUAAACAAAAUGAUACCAAAUAUUCACCAUUGAUCGCUUGUUCAUAUUACACAGUAAAAGGACUGUCCCAAGACACCCACUAUAAGAUUAAAUUAUGGAGCGUAUCAAUAGAAAAUGGAUCAAUCAUUUCUUUUAGUAAAAAUCUUUAUGUUAAAACACCAAUUAUGAAUGCCCCCCGAAAACCUGUGAAGAACUUUGGACUUAAGCAUUUUACGUUAGUUGGCAACGCUUAUGAUGCUUUGAUUCAAUGGACUACUUCAGAGGACAGAAAUUGCUACUUCGACAUUGUAUGGUUUGGGGAUGAGGAUUUAUCUGGUUUUAGACAGAUUCAAUUCACCGAUCCCGCUCAUAGGCAUGAAAUACUUCUAAAAAAUUUAACAUUAGGUAGCAAUAACUCAGUUGCUAUUAUGGCUAUAUCAGAAGAGAAUCGUAUGGAAAGCAACAAAACUUGGCUGCAUUUUUCUGUGCCCACAUGUUUAGAAAGUUUUAAGAGUUUGGACAUUUGUGCUCCAGCUACUCCCGAAAAUUUUACAGUUCAAGAGACUUUAGUAGAUUUCGUAGACGAUAAAGCGAUUUAUGACAUAAGCGUCAAAUGGGAGCAACCGAAUUAUACACCAGAUUUGUACAUCCUUCAUUUAGUUUCCAUCAGGGACAACAAGGCCUCAUCAAGUUAUUUUAAUAUAUCGGGUGAAGCCACUGAAACCAUUUUGAGAAGCGUCGAGAUAGGUUCCAGUUACCAAGUAUCUUUAAAAGCCAGAUCUAAAGCUGGUUUUAGCUUAUCAGCUUAUAAAUUCAAAAUGUUAAAUGGUCAUGCAGGACUUAAACCAAAGAGUUCGUGGACAAAAUUGAAGAUUACACUGGCCAUUGUGUGUCCAAUAAUUGCUAUAAUGGUUGGUUUGCUGUUGGUUAUUGUUUUCAAUCACUACUUUGUCAAAAGAAUUAAACCGGAACCCACAUGCCAGUAUUUCAAGGAAUUAGAGGGUACUGUGGGCGUUCCCGCCGAAGAAUAUGUGUUACAAGUGACGGACGAGUGGGAGCUAAAUCCGGAAAAGCUAACUUUCCAAGCAGUUCUGGGGGAAGGCGCUUUUGGAAUUGUCCGUAGAGCAUGCUUAGAAACCGAUGAAACGAACAAAGUAGAGGUAGCCAUCAAAAUGCUUAAAGAUUCCCCAUCACCUGAAGACUUAAAAGAAUUUCAUCGUGAAAUUGAAAUAAUGAAGAUGGUGGGAACACAUCCACAUCUGGUUUCCAUGAUUGGAUGUAUUACAACAAAUUCUCAUUUACCGCCACUUUUAAUCGUUGAGUACUGUGCAAAAGGCGACUUACAAUCUUUUUUGAGAAACAUUUGGGAAAAAAUUACAAACCAAGCUGGUGAAAAUGAAGUUAGGUAUGUAAAUCAACAAGGCAUGCAUUUUGAUAAUAAAUUGUACGACAUUGAUAAAGUAUUUGGAGACGAGUUCAAUAUUAAACCUAUUGAUUUGAUGUCCUUUGCUAGACAAGUAUCAAUGGGAAUGGAAUACCUUUCAAGUUUGAGAGUGCUUCAUAGAGACUUAGCGGCAAGAAACAUUUUAGUUUGCGAAGACUGCAGAACAAUAAAAAUUUCCGAUUUUGGUUUGAGCCGGGACGUUUACCAAAACAGUGUUUAUUGCAAAAGUGGUGCUGGAAAAUUACCAUUAAGAUGGAUGGCACUAGAAAGCAUGACCCAUCAGAAAUAUACAACGUUCAGUGAUGUAUGGUCCUUUGGAAUUUUAUUGUGGGAAAUUGUUACAUUGGGAGGCAACCCUUAUCCUGGAGUGAACACUCACGAUCUUUUACCUUUGCUUAAACAGGGUUACCGGAUGGAACGGCCAGUGAAUUGCAGUCAAGAAUUAUAUGCAAUAAUGAUUAACUGCUGGCAGGAACACCCCAAGGAUAGACCAACCUUUGCCGAAUUGGUUAGAACGUUAGAAAGCCUUUUGGAAAAGGAUGCCCACUACAUCAAUAUGGAAUUAUAAACUUCUAUAUUGUUUGGAACAUUUUAUGCAAUUAUGACUCACAGUAUUAAUUUGUUGAUAGACAAAGUAACAUGAAUGUAGAUAUUUUAAAACAAGACUGAUUUUUAUAUUUUGCGUUGUCCACUGUUAAAAAUUGAAAUUAUCAAAUUAUGUAUACGUAAAUAAAUACCAAAAAUUAAAUAUUUACAUUAUAUAUAGGUAUAUAAAUAUAUAUUUAAUAUUACAGUAUUUGCUAAAUUAG